AUGACACAAAUCUCAGGGACCAUGGAAUUUUACCGCUUCGGGCACUUCAAUACCUUUGGAAUUGCUUUCGCGGGCAGGAACUUCAGAAAGGAGAAAACCAGAUGUAAUGUCAAGAAGCGACACAUGGGAUUCCUUUCAGAAGAGGAAAAGCAGGCCAUCAAAGACAAGGAGAAGCAAAGACGCGCACAUAUCGUCAGCUGA